AUAAGGCAGAGGCAGGGUCAGCGCCAGGUGGAGCGGCACCCCAGGGGGCUGGACGCCUGGCGACGGGGCGGGGAGGGCGACGCCCGGAGGCAGUGGCAAGCGCCCAGCGCCGCGCGCGGAGAGCCGAGCAUGGAGGUGCAGGCCGUCUGCGGAGCGGCAGCAGGUGGAUACCCAGUGGACAUCUUGAAAGAUGACCCUGAGGGCCAUCGGGAAGCAGCCCUGGCAUGCUACGCCUCUCUCAGGGACAGUGCUGAAGUGCCCCCUGCAGUGUUGUGCCUUCCCACUGGGGAGCAGGUGAAGCUUGAGGCUGCAUCCAUUUGCCUUCGCACUGUGUACCGUGAUGACCCACAACAGAAACUUCUGGUCUUGGUUAAUCCUCGGGACACGAAGACAGUUGUGGCCAUCUACGUGAAGGACUCCUGGUGGUGCACGGAAGAUGUCCUGCGAACCUCUGAUCCAGCCAGAGAAGGUCUCCUGGAGGUUCAGGCACUCGGGGAGAGGCUCGUACUCUUUGUUCUCAAUGUUGUCAUUUUUGGAGGAUUGGAACGCAAGCUGGAUGAUGCCAUGUUUUUCCUGCCUCACUCUGCGAAGGAGCGAGCGAAGAUUCUGUGGAGAGACGGAGCAGCUGUUGGAUUUUAUACAAUCAAAAGGACAGGCAGCCUGUGUGGCGAAGGCACCUCCGCGUGCUACCUGCUGCCUGUCUUGGAUACGCUGUUCGUCAGGACGAAACACCGGCGCCAGGGCCUUGGGACAGCCAUGCUGCGGGACUUCUGCGAGACGUUCCCAGAAGACCAGGCGCUGGGCGUCAGCUGCCCCAUUUCUCCUGCCAUGUACCAAGUCUGCAGGCAGUUCCUGUUGGUCUGUCCUGAGGAGCGAGGCCGCCUGUGGGAGGUGGAGGCACCAGGGGCCUGGGGCCAGCGCAGCAACAUCUGGCUCAAAGUUCAACUUCAGCAGGCAAGACUUCCAGUCUGAGAGGACCCAUGAAGAGCCAGAUGACACAAGCAAGGAGCGACGUGGCGGAGAGAUGGAGCAGGCUGAGAGACUCGCGGGGGAGACCCUGUGUGGCCCAGCUGGAGGAGGUGGCGGCCACGGGGAGGAUGGUGGAACCACCCUGGUGGAGGCCCGCACAGCCCACUCCUGGUCCUCCAGGGCUGUGCCUGGUCCCCUGGAGGGGUCUGAGAGCCCGUGUGCCUGUGCCCAGCCCUGGGCCCUGCCUUGCCUCCCUGGGGCAUCCUGUCCCUCCAUGCCCCUUGCUGGCAUGAAUGUGGCAUGGUGUUUAUGAAGUCAUUUUCAUUAUCCAGUU